AUGUAUUUCCUGAGCGGCUGGCCCAAGCGGCUGCUUUGCCCGCCGGGGCGCUCGGCUGAGGCGCCGCUUCAAGUCCAGGCCGACCCUCACAGGGCUUUCUUCGCUGUGCUGGCUCCGGCUCGUCUCAGCAUCUGGUACAGCCGACCUAGUGUGUUAAUUGUAACCUACAAGGAACUCGCAAAAUCAUCUGCUCAGUUUGGAUCUUACAAACAAGCUGAAUGGAGGCCAGAUAGUACCAUGAUAGCUGUGUCAACAGCAAAUGGCUACAUCCUAUUUUUUCACAUUAUAUCUACAAGAGGGGACAAGUACCUUUAUGAACCUGUAUAUCCCAAAGGAAGUCCACAAACAAAGGGAACUCCUCAUUUUAAGGAAGAGCAGUGUGCUCCAGCAUUAAAUUUAGAGAUGAAGAAAAUAUUGGACUUGCAAGCACCUAUCAUGAGAUUGCAGUCUGUGCUGGAAGAUCUCCUGGUUGCUACUUCUGAUGGACUUCUUCAUCUUAUUCACUGGGAAGGCAUGACAAAUGGAAGGAAAGCCAUUAAUCUUUGCACAGUACCCUUUUCAGUAGAUCUGCAGUCAUCUAGAGCAGGUUCAUUCCUAGGCUUUGCAGAUGUGUAUAUCAGAGACAUGGAAUACUGUGCCACACUGGAUGGGUUUGCCGUUGUGUUUAAUGAUGGCAAAGUGGGGUUUAUUACACCAGUGUCAAGUAGAUUGACUGCAGAGCAGCUUCAUGGAGUUUGGCCCCAAGAUGUUGUUGAUGGAACUUGUGUAGCAGUAAAUAACAAGUAUCGACUAAUGGCAUUUGGUUGUGCAAGUGGUUCUGUGCAGGUAUACACAAUAGAUAACACCAGUGGCGCCAUGCUGUUAUCUCAUAAACUAGAGCUGACAGCAAAACAGUAUCCUGACAUUUGGAACAAAACAGGAGCUGUUAAAUUAAUCAGAUGGUCUCCUGACAAUAGUGUUGUAACAGUGACCUGGGAGUACGGAGGACUCUCUUUAUGGAGUGUGUUUGGAGCCCAGCUGGUUUGUACCCUUGGAGGAGAUUUCGCUUAUAGGUCUGAUGGUACCAAAAAAGAGCCCCUUAAGAUCACUUCUAUGAGCUGGGGUACAGAAGGCUAUCACCUGUGGGUAAUCAGUGGAUAUGGUGGUUCUCAGAAUACUGAAACUGAGUCCGACCUCAAGAGCGUAGUUAAACAGCCUGGCAUUCUCCUAUUUCAGUUUAUCAAGAGUGUACUCACCGUAAACCCUUGUAUGAGUAACCAAGAGCAAGUGUUACUACAGGGGGAGGACCGCUUGUACUUGAACUGUGGGGACGCCUCCCAAGCCCAGAAUCCACGGAGUUCUUCAGCACAUUCUGAGCAUAAGUCCAGUCAGGAAAAGAGUCCAUUUUCUGAUGGAGGUUUAGAGUCUCAGGGUUUAAGCACUUUGCUCGGACAUCGGCACUGGCAUGUUGUACAGAUUUCCAGCACCUAUCUAGAGAGCAAUUGGCCUAUACGGUUUUCAGCUAUUGAUAAGCUUGGACAGAAUAUUGCUGUGGUUGGCAAGUUUGGUUUUGCACAUUACUCUUUACUCACCAAAAAAUGGAAACUUUUUGGAAAUAUUACCCAGGAACAAAAUAUGAUUGUGACAGGUGGCUUAGCCUGGUGGAAUGAUUUCAUUGUCCUUGCAUGUUACAGCAUAAGUGACCGUCAAGAAGAGCUCAGAGUAUAUUUGCGGACAUCAAAUCUGGACAAUGCAUUUGCGCAUGUCACCAAAGCACAAGAAGAAACGUUACUGCUUAGUGUCUUUCGGGACAUGGUGAUAGUAUUUCGAGCAGACUGUUCAAUAUGCCUUUACAGUAUUGAAAGGAGAUCUGAUGGUCCAAAUACUACUGCCAGUAUUCAAGUUCUUCAGGAGGUCUCCAUGUCACGCUACAUUCCUCAUCCUUUCCUGGUAGUAUCUGUUACUCUGACAUCAGUGAGCACAGAGAACGGAAUCACCUUGAAAAUGCCACAGCAGGCUCGUGAUGCAGAGAGCAUUAUGCUCAAUCUUGCAGGGCAGCUCAUCAUGAUGCAGAGGGACAGGUCUGGCCCCCAGAUCCGAGAGAAGGAGAGCAACCCCAGCCAGAGGAAACUGCUGCCCUUCUGCCCUCCUGUUGUCCUGGCCCAGUCUGUGGAGAAUGUCUGGACUACAUGUCGAGCAAACAAGCAAAAGCGCCACCUGCUGGAGGCCCUGUGGCUGAGCUGCGGUGGCUCAGGCAUGAAGGUCUGGCUUCCACUCUUCCCUCGGGAUCACCGCAAGCCUCAUUCCUUCUUGUCCCAGCGGAUCAUGCUGCCUUUCCACAUCAACAUUUACCCCCUGGCUGUUCUGUUUGAAGAUGCAUUGGUCCUGGGUGCCGUCAAUGACACUUUGCUCUACGACUCUCUGUGUGCUCGAAGCAGUGCUCGGGAGCAGCUAGAGGGGCUCUUCCCCUUUUGUGUCGUGGAGAGAACCUCGCAGAUCUACCUCCACCACAUUCUGCGCCAGCUCCUGGUCCGGAACCUCGGAGAGCAGGCCCUGCUGCUGGCCCAGUCCUGCGCUACGCUCCCUUACUUCCCGCACGUGCUAGAGCUCAUGCUGCACGAAGUGCUGGAGGAAGAAGCUACCUCACGGGAGCCCAUUCCCGACCCUCUGCUUCCCACAGUGGCUAAGUUCAUCACCGAAUUCCCCCUCUUCCUGCAGACAGUCGUCCACUGUGCCAGGAAGACCGAGUAUGCCCUGUGGAACUACCUUUUUGCAGCUGUAGGAAACCCUAAGGAUUUGUUUGAGGAAUGUCUGAUGGCUCAGGAUUUGGACACAGCUGCUUCUUAUCUUAUUAUCUUACAGAAUAUGGAAGUCCCAGCCGUAAGUAGGCAGCAUGCCACACUGCUGUUCAACACAGCGCUGGAACAAGGCAAAUGGGGCCUCUGCCGACACAUGAUUCGGUUUCUUAAAGCCAUUGGCUCUGGAGAAUCGGAGACUCCUCCAUCCACACCCACAGCUCAGGAACCCAGUUCAACUGGUGGAUUUGAGUUCUUCAGGAAUCGAAGCAUCAGUUUAUCCCAGUCAGCAGAAAAUGUGCCUGCAAGUAAAUUCAGCUUACAGAAAACACUCAGUAUGCCGACUGGUCCUUCUGUUAAAAGAUGGAGCAGAGAUAGUGAUUCUGCCGAGAACAUGUACAUUGACAUGAUGCUCUGGAGACAUGCUCGGCGCCUCCUGGAAGAAGUGCGGCUCAAGGACCUCGGCUGCUUUGCCGCCCAGCUGGGCUUUGAACUGAUUAGUUGGCUAUGCAAGGAACGGACCCGGGCCGCCCGGGUAGACAACUUUGUGAUAGCCCUGAAGAGACUCCACAAAGAUUUCCUGUGGCCACUGCCCAUCAUCCCAGCCCCUUCUCUCAGUUCUCCCUUCAAGAAUGGAAAGUACCGAACAGUAGGAGAGCAGCUAUUAAAGUCUCAAUCAGCUGGUCCUUUUUUAAACCUUGAGAUGGAUACUGCCAUCUCUAAUGUCCAACGAAGUCAGAGCUGGCUUGGCAACCUCGGCCCCAGUCAUCAUGAGAUAGACUCGGCCUCAUCCUAUGGAGCACAAACACAAGACGCCUUCCUGUCACCUCUGUUCAAUAAAGGUGAUGAAUGCAGUAUUGGUUCAGCCACAGACUUGACAGAGAGCAGCUCCAUGGUGGAUGGGGACUGGACAAUGGUGGAUGAGAAUUUCUCCACACUCAGCCUGACCCAGUCAGAGCUGGAGCACAUCUCCAUGGAGCUGGCGAGUAAAGGGCCUCAUAAGUCUCAGGUCCAGCUUCGGUAUCUGCUGCACAUUUUCAUGGAGGCUGGGUGUCUGGACUGGUGCAUUGUCAUCGGCCUGAUUCUCAGAGAAUCCUCAAUCAUCAACCAGACUUUGGUUAUUAUUCAGUCGUCAGAGGUGGAUGGAGAGAUGUUACAGAACAUAAAGAUGGGGCUGCGUGCUGUGGACAGAUGGGCCUCCACAGACUGCCCUGGAUAUAAGCCAUUUUUAAACAUCAUUAAGCCACAACUGCAGAAGCUCAGUGAGAUGACAGAAGAUCAGGUCCAGCCCGAAGCUUUCCAGCCAGUCUUGGUGGGUAAGAACCUAGAACAGACAAGCCCAAGGGCAGAGGAGAGUAGAGGUCCUGCAGGCCACAGCAUCAUGCCCCCAGGGGAGGCCGGGGGCAGCACCGUGGGCAGCCGAAAGGAGGAGGCCACCACCAGAGCGGAAGAGGAGGAGACUUUCCCAGAUGGGACUUUCGACUGUUCUGUGUCCUGACAGCAGGGGGCACCCUCUCUAUGGGCAGUGUUGAGUAGCAGCAG